CGGUGAACGGCUGGCCACGGAUUGGCUGCAUCCAGCGGCGGGCCGAGCAACCUCGCGUGAGGCGAGCAGUUACGCCAAGAUGGCGGCUGCCGAAGGAGCCGGCGGCGACGCGGAGGCCUGGCAGACCUGGCUUCCUAACCACGCCGUGUUCUCUCGGCUCCGGGAGGGACUGAAACACCAGAGCCCUCCAGCCGAAACGGAGAAGCCGACGCCUUCGUCCCUGCCCGCGUCGCCUCCGCCGCCGCAGCCGGUGCUGACGAGAAACCUGGUGUUCGGCCUGAGCGGCGAGCUGUUCCUGUGGGACGGGGAGGGCAGCUCGUUCCUGGUCGUCCGUCUGCGGGGCCUCCGCGGCCAGGAGACCUCCCUCUCCCAGUACCAGAGAUUGCUUUGCAUAAAUCCACCCCUGUUUGAAAUCUAUCAAGUCUUGCUAAGUCCGACACAGCAUCAUGUAGCACUUAUAGGAAUAAAAGGACUUAUGGUAUUAGAACUACCUAAAAGAUGGGGAAAGAAUUCUGAAUUUGAAGGUGGGAAAUCAACAGUGAAUUGUAGUACCACGCCAGUGGCGGAGAGGUUUUUCAGCACCUCUCCCUCUCUGAGCCUGAAGCAUGCUGCCUGGUACCCCAGUGAGAUGCUGGAGCCCCACGUGGUGCUGCUGACAUCAGACAACAUCAUCAGAAUUUACUCUCUGCGUGAGCCACAGACACCCGUCAAGGUGAUUAUACUUUCGGAAGCUGAAGAAGAAAAUUUAAUACUCAAUAAAGGAAGAGCAUAUACAGCAUCUCUGGGAGAGACGGCAGUUGCCUUUGACUUUGGACCGUUGGCAGCAGUCCCUAAGAAUGUAUGUGGACAAAAAGGCCAAGAGGAAGUGGUGGCAUACCCACUGUACGUCUUGUAUGAGAACGGGGAGACUUUCCUUUGCUACAUUAGCCUGACACACAGUCUUGGCAGUGUUGGAAAGCUUUUGGGUCCGUUGCCCAUGCAUCCUGCGGCCGAAGACAACUACGGCUAUGACGCCUGUGCUGUGCUCUGCCUGCCCUGCGUCCCCAACAUCUUGGUCAUUGCUACCGAGUCGGGAGUGCUGUACCACUGUGUUGUGCUGGAGGGGGAAGAAGAUGAUGAGCAGACAUCAGAAAAGUCCUGGGACUCCAGGGCUGACCUCAUCCCUUCCCUGUACGUGUUUGAGUGUGUUGAGCUGGAGCUUGCUCUGAGACUGGCGUCUGGAGAGGACGACCCCUUUGGUUCUGACUUCUCUUGUCCAAUCACACUUCACCGAGACCCCAAGUGCCCUUCACGCUAUCACUGCACUCAUGGAGCAGGUGUGCACAGUGUCGGGCUGACUUGGAUUCACAAACUUCACAAAUUUCUUGGAUCAGAUGAGGAGGACAAGGACAGCUUACAGGAACUUGCUACCGAACAGAAAUGCUUCGUGGAACACAUUCUGUGUACGAAGCCACUGCCGUGCAGGCAGCCCGCGCCCAUUCAGGGAUUCUGGAUCGUCCCAGACCUUCUGGGGCCCACGAUGAUCUGUGUCACCAGCACCUACGAAUGCCUCACAAGGCCUCUGCUAAGUACCGUCCACCCAGCCUCGCCCCCCUUGCUCUGCAGCCGCAAGGAUGCCGACGUGGCCGAGUCUCCUCUCCGCGUCCUGGCUGAAGCACCAGACUCCUUUGAAAAACACAUCAGAAGCAUUUUGCAGCGCAGCACUGCCAACCCGGCUUUAUUGAAAUCCUCAGAAAAGGACGUGGCGCCCCCUGCAGAGGAGUGUCUGCAGCUGCUCAGCAGGGCCACCCAGGUGUUCAGGGAGCAGUACCUGCUCAAACAGGACCUGGCCAAGGAGGAGCUGCAGCGCAGGGUCAAAUUGUUGUGUGAGCAGAAAAGGAAACAACUAGAAGAUCUCAGUUCCUGUCGGGAGGAGAGGAAAAGUCUGCGCGAGAUGGCGGAACGCCUGGCCGACAAGUACGAGGAGGCCAAGGAGAAGCAAGAGGACCUCAUGAACAGGAUGAAGAGGGUCCUGCACAGUUUCCACUCUCAGCUCCCAGUUCUCUCUGAUAGCGAGAGAGAGAUGAAGAAAGAAUUAGAACAGAUUCCUGAUCAACUCCGAGAUUUGGCCAGUGCUAUCAAACAGGUUACCCUGAAGAAGGACUACCAGCAGCGGAAGAUGGACAGGGUGCUGAGCACCCCGAAGCCCAGCAUCACCCUUAGCGCCUACCAGCGCCAGUGCAUCCAGUCCGUCCUCAAGGAGGAGGGCGAACACAUACGGGACAUGGUGAAACAGAUCAACGACCUCCGGAACCACGUCAGCUUCUGAAGGCCACAGUGUGAGGCAGACCGCA